GUUUCCCCAAUUGGAUGGCAGAAAAGAUGUUUGAUAUCAAAGCCUGGGCUGAAUAUAUUGUGGAAUGGGCUGCAAAGGACCCAUAUGGCUUUCUUACCACUGUGAUCUUGGCGCUUACACCAUUGUUCCUAGCAAGUGCAGUGCUAUCUUGGAAACUGGCAAAAAUGAUUGAGGCCAGGGAGCGAGAGCAAAAGAAGAAACAGAAACGCCAAGAAAAUAUUGCAAAAGCCAAAAGAACAAAGAGGGAUUGAGCAAGGCAAAAUGCCUUCCUUGUGCAAAAAAAUUUGCUUUUGUUGAAGCACUGUUGUACACUUGUGUCUUUACAUUGUUGUCUUCUUCCAAUAUAGUUCACCGUGUACAAAUCUUUGGGCUAUGACAUUUCAGUUCCUGAAAUUAUUCAUGUUUUGUUAAACAGUUUGUGUUGAAGUCUCUUAUCCAAACCUGCAAUGGCAUUUGAUGUGUGUAUGUCCACCAGAUAUCAUUUUUUAAAUGUAUGUUUACAUGCCAUACCCUAAAAUGAAUACACUACGGGGAGACCUUCAUUUUUUAAAUUGGAACUGCUUUAGCAGUUGUUUAAAUAUCAUUUAAAUUAUGGAAGAAAUAUUAAAAUGUCUGACUUUCUAAAAAUACUGCAGUCAUUGGUUUGCUACAAGAUUAACGGUGUUUUUAUAUGGCCCUUUUUCUACUGUUGGUUUAUAUUCAUUUAUAGCACAAUUUUUUUGUCUGGUUUCAACUUGGCCCUGAGACAGUCCUUUUUUCUGCAGCAGUUGGCAGUUAUAUGAAUAUGUAGUGUUAGUGUGAAAUGCUAACUCCUAAAUUCUUAAUGAUGGGUUCUCAAAAUCUGCUUCCUGGAUUAGCAGGAGUCCACUAAACCUUUUUCUGAUAGUUCACAGAAGGAAACUUUUUACAACUAAUCAGUGAUAUGACAUUUAUUUUUCACAAUAUCACCAUGUGAACAGCUUUUGCCUACAAUGCACUUUGCAAAAUAAAGGUGGAAAUCCAUUUGGUAAAUAACUAAAUAUUAUAUUCAUGUCAUAACCUAAAUCCAUCAACUCAGGAGAAUCAGAGAAAUUGUUUUGGAUUUGACCAGCUUGAAAGGAUGGCUUAGUAAAAAAUAAUAAAGGCAGAUGUAAAUCUUGUGUUGAAAACAUUGCAAAGUAAAAUGGAGCUAAGGCUCACCAAUUUAUUCAUUUUUGUGUCCAGAGAAUGUGUCGCUUUAGCAAACCUUAAUAUUGCUACUUUAGUUCCCAGGAAUUAAGUGCUAGGCACUUUUUAUCAAGCACCUGAAUUUUAAUGAACUCAUAGAGAGUUGGGGGGUUGUCAUACUGGAUUCUUGGGCCGAGUCCUUUACUUAGUAUGUAAAUGGUAACAUGAAUCAGAUACUCUUUACAAUAUGGAAAGGAGGAAGUGAAUAGAUAAAUAUUAAUGCAGCCAACACCGGAAGUUUUGUUAAAUCAGUCUUAAGAAUUGGAUGUGAAUCAUGCAUGUGUAACAAGAAACAGUUCGCUUUCCUCUAUUGCUCAAAACAAGUGUUAGACUGUAGAGCAUGUGUUCACCUUUUUGUGACCUACUCAAUUAAGUCAUCAGUGUUUUUUUAAUAUGGUUACACCUCGGCAUUUAUAUAGUUUUGAUAUGAUUUUAAAAUGGAACCAACUCAAAGCAAACUAGUUUACAUAAAUAAAUUUGAUACUUUUUAAAAA